GAGAACGGGUCGAUUCAAAUCAACGCCUUGCAAUUUUUAGGGUUUCAGUUCCAUUUCCCGAUCUACAGUCAAUUUUGCGGUUUUUCAUCAGAGACAAAGAUGCCGCAGAGACACUCGAAGAACAACAAUGACCUAGCUUUUUUCACGUACGAUGAGAAGCGUAAACUUGGGUAUGGAACCCAGAAGGAGAGGCUUGGCAGGGACUCAAUAAAACCUUUUGAUGCUUGUUGCCUUUGCUUGAAGCCAUUCAUCGAUCCUAUGUGUUGCCAGAAAGGUCAUGUCUUUUGUAAAGAAUGCAUUCUCGAGUGCCUUCUCGCCCAGAAAAAAGACAUCCAAAGAAAGUUAGCUGCUCAUGCUGCUCAGCAGAAGCAAGAGAAGGAAGAAGAAGAGGAAAAGUUAAUGUUGCAAAAAGCUAGAGAGCUUGAAGCCUUUGAUCAGCAAAACCAUGGUGCAGUACCACAAUACAAUGAUAGAAAUCAUGGCCGAGACAAGCACGGUUUCCAUGGUGCCAAUAGUGUUAAAGCCACAUCUUAUGAAGAGGAAGCCCUUCGGACAAUGAAGGCAUUUUGGCUGCCCUCUGCUACACCAGAAGCUCCUGCAAAGGUUGAAGCUCCUUCUACUAGUACAGUCUGUCCAGAAGGCAAAGAGAAACUCAAGUUGAAAACCCUGUUCCCCAUCCAAUUUACAGAAGACAACAGCGAAGAGAAUAAAUCCAAUUCUCUUGACAAGACAUUUAUAUGUCCCAGCUGCAAGGUUACCCUCACUAACACAUUGUCUCUUGUUGCCCUAAGCUCAUGUGGGCAUGUCUUCUGCAAGAAAUGUGCGGACAAGUUUAUGGCUGUCGAUAAGGUUUGUUUGGUUUGCAGUAAGGCAUGUAAAGAGAGAAAUUUGGUGAACUUGGAGAAAGGGGGGACUGGGUUCGCCGGCCAUGGGGAUUCACUUCAAGCAACUGACUUUAAACAUUUGGGUAGUGGUUCAGGGUUGGGCCUGGUGAGACCUGCUAUGAAGACAUAAGUUUUGAAAUUAUGUUAAUUAUGUAGCAAUCUCUCUUUGCUAUAUUAAAAAAUAUGGAUCUAAUAGCUCUGCUGAAGUGCUGAUGGGUCAUAAAUCGGAUUCAUCUAUGUUUUGCACUUGUAUUUGUAUGUUACAUCUAUGUCUCAUUGGUACCAAGAAUAAUAUGCAUUUUCUUUUAAGAUGUUAUUGGUGAA